AAAACAACUAUUUAACAACGAACUUGAACAUUUUGUCGUCGAGCAAAAACAGAUUUGUAUGUAAUCAGAAGUUCAGUAUAAUACAUUAAGUUUUAAAAAGAAUUAUUAUUUUCAAUUAAAUAAUAUGGAAAUACUUGAAUUAAAAGACGUCAAGGCCAUACCUGACGUGAUUCAUACUUAUCCAGAUAGAGUAAAGUCUGAAGGAACUCCACUUGUUAUUGACAAUGGAUCAUACAAGUGUAGGGUUGGUUGGGCCACAGAGAAAGAACCCCAAUUGAUAUUUAAAAAUCUUAUUGCAAAACCUCGAAAGGAACGUGGCAAGAAGGAUGGUGAACCACAGGUUGGAAAUGAUAUAGCGAACAUUGAAGCUGUACGAUUUCAGUUAAAAACACAAUUUGACCGUAACGUAGUAACACAUUUUGAAGCCCAAGAACAAAUAUUUGACUAUAUUUUCACUCAUAUGGGAAUAGAUACAGAAGGCGCAGUCAAUCAUCCAAUUAUUUUAACUGAAACUUUUCUGAAUCCUAAUUAUUCUCGAAACUUGAUGGCAGAACUUUUAUUUGAAUGUUAUAAUGUACCUUCGAUAGCAUAUGGAGUAGACUGUUUAUUUUCUUAUCAGCAUAAUAAUUGUCCAUCUGAUGGCUUAAUAAUUAGUAUCGGAUAUCACACUACUCAUAUAAUACCAAUAUUAGAUGGUAAAGCAGAUCCUGUAAAUUCAAGAAGAAUCAAUGUUGGUGGAUACCACAUUACAUCUUACAUGCACAGGCUGCUGCAACUUAAAUAUCCGGUACAUGUAAAUGCUAUAACACCAAGUCGAGCAGAGGAAUUAAUACAUGAACAUUCUAUGAUUGCCUUAAAUUACCAAGAAGAAAUUUCUAAAUGGGCUGAUCCAGAUUAUUAUGAUGCAAACGUAUUAAGGGUACAGUUACCUUAUGUUGCGCCCUCAAGUGCUCCUGGUUUAACAGUCGAACAGCAGAAAGAAAGAAAACGUGAGUUAGCUAGGAGAUUAAUGGAAAUUAAUGCAAGAAAAAGAGAGGAAAGAUUAGCGGAAGAUGAAGAACAAUUGAAUCAGUUAUUAGCUGUUCAAGAUUUAUUAGAAGAAGGGGAAACUGACGAGUUUGAUCAAGCAUUAAAGAGUUAUUCGCUUGCAAACGAAGCAGACUUGAUAAAAAUGAUUAAUAAUCUGCAAGCAAAAGUGGAAAGAACUAGACAAAAGAUAGUGGCAGCUAAUUCGCAAGAAGAAAAUAUUGUAAUGGAAGAGCAGAAACCAAAAAUAAAAUCAAGCCUACAACCGAAAGAUCAACAAGAUUUUGACGAAUGGAUAGCAGGUGUAAGAAAGAAAAGACAAGAGAUAUUAGAAAAACGAAUGGCCAAAAGACAACGCAGACAGGACAUGGCAAAACGUAGAACAGCAGCCGCACAGGAAAGAAUGCGUAUAAUAAGUCAGUUGGCGAGGAAAGAGAAACGUGACGAUGAUUUUGGUAUGAGAGACGAAGACUGGGACGUUUACAAAGUCAUAAACAGGGUUCGUAAACAACAUUUUAAGUCUAUAGUUUUGGUAUCGAGUCACAUGUUCAUGUUGAAUAUUACUGUUCAGGAAGGAGGAGAUUCAGACUCAGAGUUAGAACAAGAAAAGCUUCUGGAACUCGAAGAUGUGCUGCGACAUCACGACCCAGAAUUCGACGGAGCUGGAUCAAACGUUCCCAUGGUUCCCGGAGAAACUCAUCAAUUACAUAUAGGAGUGGAACGUUUGCGAGCUCCAGAAAUAUUAUUCCAACCGUCUUUAAUAGGUUCCAUGGAAGCAGGCAUCGCUGAAACAAUCGAAUUCGUUUUAAAACUGUACCCACCUGAGCAACAAUUACGGCUGGUGGGAAAUAUAUUCCUGACCGGAGGUCCGACGACGUUUCCAGGUUUAUUAGAGAGACUGAAUCGCGAACUUCGUGAGAUGAGACCGUUUGAUUCCAAUUUUCAAAUAAAUAUCGCAAAAAACACCAGCAUUGAUGCAUGGUAUGGAGCAAGAGAUUUUGGUCUGAAUGGAAAUCUUCCGGAAUUUCUAGUAAGCAAAAAGGAAUAUGAAGAGAAAGGUGGGGAAUAUUUUAAAGAGCAUUCAACGAGUAACACUUACACUCGAUCUCCCGAUCCCUUACCGAUAAUACAAGUUCCUGUGACAUCGGAACAGAUCAUCGUGGAAGAUGCAGUUGUCGACGUUGAGAUGGAAUGAAAGAUAAAGUGUACUUUCAAGUGAUUUCGUUACGAAAUAAAGUUUGCUGAAAACAGAAUUAAUAUUUGCUAUUAAUAUUAUUCAUCCAGACUUAAAAGUAUAAAAAAUAAUGUAAAAAUAAAGAAAUAAAGA